AUGGGAAUCAAGUGGACCGACCCCGCUGUGAUCACCCGGACCAGCAAAGUCUUCGGGGCGUUCACAAUGGUACUCACCGGUGUAGCCCUCUGGGACGUGCUGAGCACGUUGUGGUUUGAAUGGCAGAUUCUUUCUGGGAAGAGAAAGUGGAAGUGGCCAAUGACAAUCUACUUCAUCGCUCGUCUCGCCAUGCUUUCGCACAUAUUCGCCAUCACCAUAAAUCGGAACGCGCUGAGUGAGGUGCCAUGCAAGGAGUUGACUUUCAUGUCGAAAUUCUGCGAUGUCGUUGGCACCUGCGCUUCCUCCCUCAUCCUCGUCCUUCGCACCCGAGCGGUGUGGCAUCGAAACAGGAAAGUGACAGUCCUUAUGGGACUUCUCUUCCUCGGACAAAUUGCCAUGUGGUCACAAACCUUCCGCUUCUCCAAAGCCCAGUGGAAUCAAACGCGGAUGCUCUGUGAUGUGCUCUCUACUGCACCGAGGAUGAUGAUGGUAGGAGUGUGGGGUUACACAAUGAUCUUCGACUUUAUCAUCCUCGUCGUCUGCGUGUACCAACUCAUAUCCCACGUCUCAAGCACGCUCGGCAAGGUUCUUCUGCGUGACGGAAUUGCCUACUUCUGCGCCGCCUUCGUCGCCAACCUCCUGCAGACCAUCUUCGCUGGCCUACAGCUCAACCCCGUCAUGAAUAUCAUGUUCCUUCCCUUCGCCCUCGUUGUCUCGGUAAUCGCCGCCACCACCGUCUUUCGGAACGUCUUUACCGCGUACGACGCCUUUUCGAACGACACGGGGCAUUCGGGAAAUUCGGGGCAUAGCAGCAGUCGUCACCACGAAGGCUCUGUACUCCGGACAGGCGCUCGGAUCUUGUUUAAACAUAAUACGACAAUAACAACGAAAGCAAUGUCGGAGAACGAGAUUUCGUUGGCCGGCUAUAGCCGCAAGAAGUCGGAUGUGGAGGCUGGGGCGGUGUCAGUGCGGAAGGAGGAUGAUGGCGAUGGCGAACAUCGUCCGGACACGGAAGUCAAUGGGACGCCGGAGAAGAGACAAAACCUGUAG